AAAUAUAUAGCGCGACAAGUUGAGCUCGACUUUUAGCUGUAUGACUUCGCAUAUUUUUUACGGCUCAGUGUUUCGGUUUACUUAAUUAACAACACACGUGCUUAGCAAAUCGGUUUAUUCUCUAUUUCAACUUAACUUGAGUUAACAAUAUAAUGAAGCUCGCGCUGUUUUUGUACGUGACACUGUGUGUGCUGAAUCUCUAUGUAAACUGCAAAUGGACAGCACGGGAAGCUGCGAAUGAGAUCCCUACUCGUAAACCAUAUAAAUAUGGUUCUAAUCCUCCUCCACAUACUGAGCUUAUUGCCAUGGCCAGAUACACACUUCAUAAUGCAGAUUGGGCCUCAAUCGCAACUGUAUCAACAUUGCCUGCUAUUGAAGGAUUUCCAUUCACAAAUGUGAAAUCCAUCGCAGAUGGAGACAUUAAAAACUCAACUGGCAUUCCUUAUUUCUACAUGUCACCACUAGAUUUUACUGAUAAGGAUUUAUCGAAAAACAACCGGGCAACAGUGCUUGUGAGCUUAGAGGAAACAAGAUACUGUGAGAGCCAGCAGUGGGACCCUGAAGACCCUCGCUGCACCAGACUAAUGCUUUCAGGUAUCAUGAAGAAGGUCAAGGAGGGCACCCCGGAGUACACUUUCGCGAAAGGCGCCUUGUUUGAGCGACAUCCGGCGAUGGCCGACUUCCCUCCUGAUCACGACUGGUUCGUUGCGAAGCUGAAGAUUGCCCAAAUAGCAAUGGUGGACUACUUUGGAGGUGCCAAAUAUAUCCCUGUUAAGGAUUAUCUCGCAUACAACUACACACAAAUCGCUAACACACCAAGAAGUCAAUUGUCCUUAAUCUCCGUUAAGAUUUAGAAAAGUAAUCUACUGAUACGUAGUACUUUAAAUAUUAUAAGUAAUAUAAUGUAACAAAAUGUGAUAUUAUGGAAAUGGAUCUAGAAGGUUAUUUUUAUAAGAAAUUUGAAAUAAAAAAGUUUUUUGAUCAAUUGUUUUUUAUUUAAAUAAGAUUGUUAAAUAUACAAUUGGAAUGGUACACUUGUAAAUAACGAAAUAAAAGCACCAUUUGGCAUUCACCCGUGUUGGGCAAUAA